AUGGAAGGUCGGCAUUCUGUUAUUUGGAUCAAAGCAGUUACUUUAAUUAGUAUUUUGCUGAUGAACACACACAAAGCAGAUAUAACCCUAAAAGAAGUAGAGUUGACCCACAAAUUUGAAAUUGCAACAGACUCACAUAGUGCGAAGAUAAACCCAGAUGGGCCUCUUAACUUCUUGAGGGGAUACAUCUACCAGAAAAUGGAGUGCAUGCACAAUAAAAGAUUUUUCGCCCCGCAAAUUAAUACAAAGUACAGCUUAGAGGAAGGGAAAUAUAAAAUCCAAACAAUUACACGAACUGUCUAUAAAUACCUUCGAGAUACGCAAAGUGACAAAGCAUACAAAGCACUACCAGAGAAUAAGAUGGAUGACUACACUGAAAAGUACCAUAACCAUCUGAUUGAUCUAUUUCCAUCUCCUACGGGUGACAUAACAAUAGAGACACGAGGGAAUCAGUCCUUCGUUCAAUUUCUCAGAGCAGAGACAACAAAGGAGCGUGCAUUGCAGAUUCUUGCUAUGCUGCUGCUUUUCUCAGAGGGAGUGAAUAUUCCCAUUGACGUUAACAAUAAGGAACUGAAGGUGUAUGAAACAAACAAAAAAGACAAAAUAUACUUCACAGUGUCUAUGGUAAUCCCAUGGUUCAAUAGAGAAGAAAAUGAAACAAAAAGAUUUGAACAGAAGAAGGUUAAGCAAAUGAUCAAAUUCUUCCAGAAGAGUGCAAAUAAUCCUGAAGUACUUAGUAUGAUGGAGGACAAGUGUUCACUGAGUGAAAUUAAAAAAGGGAAGUUCAUGGACAGUCUUAAGUUUCUGAUUCAGUCGUACAUCUUCGGGUUCAUAGACAGUGCAGACCGUGCAACUGAGCUUAUUCAAGCAGUGUACGCUAUGACACAGAAAUAUGCUCCAAAGACAGAAGCACCCAGUAAGAAUGACUGUGUAUACGACAGACUGUUUAAGACUACUAAUACCGCAAUAGGUACAGAGUGCAUGAAUCUAAUGAAAGAAUCUCAAGAUAUUUUAAAUACAUAUAGAGUAUUCCCAUUCCUAAACAGCACAGAAGUACCUGCAUAUAAAUCUGUUCCUAAGUACAACCGGGAAGCUAAGGUGUUUUCUACUAACCGACUGGAAGAUUACAGCAACUGUGUGGAAAGUAUGAUUCUUUCUCUUUUUUGCUGCCUAACGUAUGAUCCAUCUGAUAUUACAUACAGAACUGACCACAUGGAGCAUGUCACUGAAGAACUUGAAGACUUCUUCUCUUUGGACAACCAGCCAUUUGACACAACAAAGGGUAACUUUCAGAAUGAGUGGUGCAAAGUUGUUGCUGACCUAAAAGAUCCUAAUAUUGCAUACUGCAAUGGUAGAAAUGAGAUAGAUUGUGGUCUUAUAAAUAUGCUCUUGGUUAUUGCUGAAGUGAUAAAUGCUUCAAGGAAAGAAAAGGAGAAAAUACUUGGCUUCUCAAGGGAUUUGAAGGAGAAAAAUGGUGAGUUAGAUGGAGACUUACUUGAUAGGAUUGAAGCAUACACUGAAGUACUGCUUACGCACCUAGCAAGAACAGAAAAUGUACAAAUAAUGUUUUCUGAGCUUAAAGGUGAAAAGUAUCAGAAUGGAAGAUAUGAUAUAUCUGGAGAGAUUACUAUGACAUUUGAGCAUAGCUCUAUUAAGAAUACUAUAGUAUUAGGAAUAUCUGAAGGACACGGUAGUAUUGAGAUGCAGCCUACAGUUAUAGGAUUCAAGGAUGAACGAAUGGAGAAACUGAAUGAAAUAUCAGACAGUUGUAGAAAUGUGACAGGAUUUGUUGAAAACCUGUUUGUUUUAUACGUUAAUUAUGAAAUGCGAAAGAUUGGCGAUCCUGAAGAUAGCAAAAAAUUCAUGAAGGAACAGGUGCGAGAAACCAUUCAGAAUAACUUCACAGACAUAAAUAGACUACUUCUUGUGAGAAAAAUCAAUGAGUUAUACUAUAAGAUCUGCUUAGUCACUUGCUGCAUCGUAUACACUAUGGAUCAAACUCUAUCCCCAGAGCAUCCUAUUAUUCGUUUUACGUCUAACAUAAUAGGAAGCACAGAACUAGAUAAUCUGAAUAUUCAAUCUGAAAUACUUUCAGCAAUUACGUUUGCAGGGAUGCAUAUUAAAAACAGCAGCAGUUUCAACUAUCCCAAUAUAAAACUCUCAGAGAAACGCUAUAUUUGUAUAGGUUCUAGCGUAUCUUCCGGUUUCUUCGCUAAUUACGUACUAGAGUGUGGUAUAGAUGUUCUCAUAAAAUGGAUUAAAUUCUAUAUAGAUAAUGUUUAUACUGAAUAUAACAUAGGUCUUACUUUAUUACUAGACCCUUUAGUGAAUAAAAGGAUUUGUCAGCACAUAUUCAAAGAUGGAACUAUGAAGUAUUCGAAUAUAAUUGACAAUCUCAUAAUCCAAAAGAAUGAUGAAAAGGAAGGCAUAAUGCUAAGCACGAUACACUUCGUAUGGACUACAUAUCUCUGUGUUGAGGAAACCAUAAAUGUAGAGCUGAUUAAGGCCAACUUAGAUGCAAUUAAAGAAAUUCAGUUCAUUUUAAAGAAAUGCAUUUGGUAUGUUGAGGGCAUUUCUGUAUACGAACAAGCUAUUCAAACUCUUAGCGAGUUUAAGGAUCAGCUAUGUAAAAAUGAAGAUGAUAUUACCAAGCUUAACUUAGUUAUAGAAAAACUUACUUCUAUUACUUCAUGA